AUGACUGACCUCGAGGGUCUUAGUGAUAUAUAUUCAACUGGGACAAUUUUGGCGCCGCAGUAUAAACUUGAAUUCUUCCAAACGCCAGAUUGGCAGGAUGACGAAAAAGACUUUGCUGCCCAAUACAAACAAGCUCUCAAAGACCGAGUGAAACACUACGAGAAUAGUGUAUAUAGCGCUCUCUCACAGGCUGGUGGUAUACAGAGCGCGGGGCCUACGAGUGAGAUUGAUCUAGUACUCGUUCGUGAUAGUCGGCCUACUGCACCAGUCUCUGAGCUUACUCAGUAUCUUAAGAGUGGCACAGUAUCAAUGCCCCCACGCGAAUUCUGGAGAGAUCAUGAACACAGAUUUCCAGUACUCGCAGCCCUCGCUCGAGAUAUCCUUUCCGUCCCAGCCACAGGCGCAGGCGUAGAGCGUCUCUUUAACUCCGCGCGUGAUAUCUACCACUAUCGCCGUGGUUCUCUACAAUCGAGCACUAUCCAGGAUCUAAUGCUUCUUAUGUGUGGGAUUCGGUUUGAUCUGGAAGAGGAGCAGCUUGCUUUCGUUCGAGAGUACGUAACUGAGUCUGAGAGAGAUCUCCAACAAGAAGAGAUCGAUGAGCGUACGCAAGAGGAUAUUAUUGAGAUUAGUGACAAUGAGGAAGGGCCUUCCCAAUAUAACUCGAAGAGGCGAAGGAGUAUCAAUGAGCCUGUGGAAGAGCCAGAGAAGGAGCCUAAGCCCGAUGAGGAGCCUGAGCUAGAGGACGAACCUGAUUUACCUGAGCAAAACAUACCGCGUGUUUCAGGAAGAGCUCGAAAGCGUUCAAGGUUAUUGGAUGGAUAUGAGAUAUAG